AACCAGCCUGCCAGGUCCAGGCCCGCGUCGCGCGGCGGUGGCCAUCCAGUCUCCUUUUCCCGGCUCCCCAGAGCCAGCCCCCGGCUCGGGAUUGGUCCUGUUCUGGACGCCGAGGGGCACUGGGCUCUGGUGGCGGAGCCUGGAGCCGACAGGCAGCGGGGUUUGCCACGGCCCUGUGGGUCAGAUCUGCUGCUCAUCACGGCUCGCAGAGCCUUAGGAGAGAGAGAGAGAGACCCAGACGUCUGCGCCCGGGGACACCCACGAGCCUGCUCCAGCGCCUGCCACUCUGCGCGCCUAGCCCCGCCGGCCGCACAGCGAGCUCCCCAGGCGGCCUCCCGACUGAGGGUGAGCCGUCAUCGCCAAAUUUUCAGGACAGCUCAGGGCUUAGAAGAGGGCUCAUCUAAAUAAAGGCCGGCUAAAGUGACAUUGUGCAGAUUUAAUCCCCCGGCUGCCGGUGCGACCAAAGGCUGCUUUGCAAGACUCUUUCCUUUCUGGAGUUCAGAUUAUUAAGUCCCCAGGGUCCUGCGACUUGACAGCAAGCGGAAACACAAAAUGAAGGUCAGCGAUGAGUACCCGCUGCAGGGACUCGGGGGCCUCCCAGGGGCUUUUACACUCUGGAGUGCAAGACUGCCUGAUUACACAGGGAAAUAAAGAGGAGCCUUUGUCUCCCAUCGCGGCCACCUACCACACAGGGCAUCAGAUUCCGCCUCAGGAGGAGUUAUGGUAACUGGAUGUGCGUCUGGCUGUGCAGCGAGCACUUGGAAACCCGAGGUCAGAAAGGGCCUGGAGUGAGGCCCCGCUGGGCUGUGCAAGCUCUAUCCAGCCACCGAGUCUCUCUCUCCCAAGGACUUCUUUUUGCUCUGUUCUCAGCACUCUCAGGAACACUGCUCCUGGAGACCUCAGCACACAUCUGCCUCCCUUGUGGCCUCUGCCCGUCGUCCUCCAAGCCGCCCUGACAGUGGCCCUGGGCUGAGAUGGAGACGUGAGCCCGCAUGGACGAUGACUGCAGUGUUUGUGAAUGGAGGCGGCCUGGUGAACACACACUGUGACCGGUGGGACCGGAGGGACAGCGCGGAAAGCAGCGGCGGCCAGACCGAGUGCGGCCAGGAAGGCGAGGAGGACCAGCCGCGCCAGCUGACCCCCUUCGAGAAACUGACUCAGGACAUGUGCCAAGACGAGAAGGUGGUGAGGGAGAUCACGCUGGGGAAACGCAUUGGCUUCUAUCGAAUCCGAGGAGAGAUCGGAAGCGGGAACUUUUCCCAGGUCAAGCUGGGGAUUCACUCCCUAACCAAAGAAAAGGUAGCCAUUAAGAUUCUGGACAAGACCAAGUUAGACCAGAAAACCCAAAGGCUGCUAUCCAGAGAGAUUUCCAGCAUGGAAAAGCUGCACCAUCCCAACAUCAUCCGCCUUUACGAAGUCGUGGAGACCCUGUCCAAACUCCACCUGGUGAUGGAGUAUGCAGGAGGUGGGGAGCUCUUUGGGAAAAUUAGCACCGAGGGGAAGCUUCCCGAACCAGAAAGCAAGCUCAUCUUCUCCCAGAUCGUGUCCGCCGUGAAGCACAUGCAUGAAAACCAAAUUAUUCACAGAGAUCUGAAAGCAGAAAAUGUAUUUUAUACCAGUAGCACGUGCGUGAAGGUGGGGGAUUUUGGAUUCAGCACCGUAAGUAAAAAAGGCGAAAUGCUGAACACCUUCUGCGGGUCUCCGCCCUACGCUGCACCCGAACUUUUCCGAGAUGAACACUAUGUUGGUGUUUAUGUGGAUAUCUGGGCCUUGGGGGUCCUUUUGUACUUCAUGGUGACUGGUACAAUGCCAUUUCGAGCAGAAACCGUGGCCAAACUAAAGAAGAGCAUCCUUGAGGGUACCUACAGCAUACCCCAGCAUGUCUCCGAGCCCUGCCACAGGCUCAUCCGAGGGGUCCUUCAGCCCAUCCCCACAGAGAGGUAUGGGAUCAGCUACAUCAUGAACAAUGAGUGGAUGCGAGGAGUGCCAUACCCCACCCCUUUGGAGCCUUUCCAGCUGGAUCCUAAACAUUUGUCAGAAACCAGCACCCUCAAAGAAGAAGAAAAUGAGGUGAAGAGCACUUUAGAACAUUUGGGGAUUACAGAGGAGCAUAUCCGGAAUAACCAAGGGAGAGAUGCUCGAAGCUCCAUCACCGGGGUCUACAGAAUCAUUUUACAUCGAGUGCAAAGGAAAAAGGCUUUGGAAAGUGUGCCAAUAAUGAUACUGCCAGAACCUAAAGAAAGGGACCUAAAGAAAGGGUCCCGUAUCUACCGAGGCAUAAGACACACAUCUAAAUUCUGUUCGAUUUUAUAAAUUAUAUCAGGCAGCUGGUAACUAACCACGAACAAAGUUUCUGCUUUUAACUUUUCUCAUAGACAACUUGGAUGGAAACAUUUUUGUAAUUUUUAAAUAAAAUUUAAAUUUGAGAUAUGCAUACCACCCCGUCCCCAAC